ACAAAAAUUAGAGAAGUUGAAUGGAAAAAAUAAGGAAAGUCUUGGUCGAUGAAGGAGCUUUACCUCAUUAAUUAAUUCAAUCCAAUAAUUGUACAUGAAUGCCCCACCUUCCCUAUCAUCUUUAACUUGUCUCUCUCACAUACACACAACAUUUACUACAUCCAUUCAUCAUAAAAUCAAGCAAUAACAACUCCAGACCAGACCAGACCAGUUAAACCAUCUUCAUUCUACUUCAACUAACUCUUAUAUCUCUAUCUCUUACUUAUAUACAAUACAGAAGAUACUGCAUCCAUCAUAAAAGCAAGAAGGCACAGGUUGUGAACUAACCUUCACUUUUGUGAUCAUCAAUGGGUGAGAACAUGGCUGUAGAUGCAGUUGCAUCUGUGGUGCUCCAGAAGCUAAGGGAGUUGAUAAAGGACAAGUCCUUCGCAAGCAACAAGAUCAUUGGCCGUCGCCUCAAGCAGAUGGAGCAGAUGCUCAAUAAAAAGAUCUGGCGCUCCUUGGUUGGUGCUGCAGAUAAGGAACAAAAUGCUGAAGAGAUCAAGAAUCUGAGGAAGGAGUAUCUCUGCGAAAUCUACUCCAUCGAGGACUCCAUCGAGUCCUUUGCCCUUCGCUUCACCCGCCAGAGGAAGAAGCUCGGAUUCCUCAUGAAUCAUGCUCUCUUCCUCCAAAAUUUCACAGCUCUCAAAAUGCUCGACUCCAAACUCCGCAAUAUUAAGACAAAGGUUAAGAGGCUCAACCGUCGAACAAACAGCCUUGAAAGCAGCAACAUAGAGGGAACAAACAGCCUUCAAAGCAUGAAUUGGGUCGAGAGCAGAACAAACAGCCUUGAAAGCAGCAGCAUAGAGGGAACAAGCAGCCUUGAAAGCAUGAAUCGUGUCGAGAGCAGAACAAAGAGCCUUGAAAGCAACAACAUAGAGGGAAGACUGGAGAUCAAACAGAAUCCUCCACUUUCUUCUAUUCAUGAAGAAACUCAAGUUCUGAGCUCAAGCAUGAAGGAGAAGGAGAUCGAUAACAUGAAGUCAAGCUACAAUCAUCUGGAUCACCAUUUGAAACUGUGUCUAGUCUAUAUGACACUGUUUCCCAGAGAACGCGACAUUCCAGUGAGGAGGCUGAUACGGUUGUGGCUUGCUGAGGGAUUCGUAGAACGACAGAAACAUGGAGGGUUCCAAGAAGAUGGGGCGCAAGAGUAUUUCGAAGAUCUGGUGAAACGCAGCUUGAUAAUGGUGUCGAAACAAAGGUCAGAUGGAAGCGCUAGAAGGUGCCGGUUGCAAGGGGCUCUCCACGACCACUUGUUGGAACAGGCGCGGGAUAUCCGCCUUUUCCAUGUUCAUCCUGGAUCAGAUAGUUCUUGCGAAACGAGGAGACUUGUUGAAUAUGCUGAUGCCAGGAAUGCUCCACUUGAGCCUUGUCAAACUCAACAUGUUAGGUCUUACAUAUCUUUCAACCUACAGAAAAAGGAUACUCCAGCAAAGCAUGUAAACUCUCUUGUUAGCAAAAUGGGCAAAGGGCUUGGCUUGCUGAGGGUACUUGAUCUGGAGGGAGUCUACAAACCUAAUUUGCCCGACAACCUAGGUGACUUGUUUCAUUUGAGGUAUCUGGGAUUGAGAUGGACUUUCUUGGAUAAGCUUCCUAAAUCAGUUGGUGAACUCCCUUAUCUCCAAACGUUAGACUUGAAGCAUACACGCAUCGACAAGAUCCCGACCACCAUUUGGAAACUGAAGAAUCUCCAGCAUCUCAAUCUCGAUGAAGUCCAUCUAGACAAGAAUGCGCCUCUGCAUUGCCGAGAAUCCUUGCCUGAUCUCCUGACACUCUGGGGAUUAUCAGUCAGCCAUGAGAGCCCGAUCAAAAAUGGUUUGAGCAAGAUGAAACACCUAAGAGAAUUGGGCAUUUCUUUCCGUUUCAUCCAGCGCAGUGCUGAUCAUGAUGCUGUCCAAGACAGAGGUCAAGGCCAAGCUACAGAAGCUUUGGUGAAGUGGAUUUCUGAGCUAAAGGAUCUUCAAUCAUUGAGGUUGCGAUCCAAAGAUGAUUGUGGGAAACCUUCGGAUCUUAGUUUAUUGCAUUUUUCAGGCUUGACAAAACUAUCUCACAUGAAGUUACUUGGGAAGCUGCAACAACUUCCUACCUUGGAUCAGUUCCCACCUCAUAUUAAGGUUCUCACAUUAUCAUUGACGUUUCUAUCCGAAGAUCCCAUGCCAAUUCUUGGACAGCUCCUGGAUUUAACAGUUUUGAGGCUGCUCGGCAGUUCAUUCGUCAAGGAGAAAAUGGUCUGCCCGAGUAAAAGCUUUAAGAAUCUUGAGGUUCUAAAACUCUGGGUGCUCCAAGAUCUCGAGGAAUGGAAAGUCGAAGACGGAGCAAUGAAGAAACUCAAAGAGGUCAACAUUAGAAGGUGUUCCAAACUUCAAAACUUCCCAGCCAGCUUGCUGGAGCAGGAAACUUUCCAAGAUUUGAUCUUGAACAACAUGCCCUCUGAGUUCAAGAACAAUAUUGCCAAAGAGUAUCAGUGGAAGGUCUCCAUCAAAGAUUUCUAAGGACACCUUGAUGCUCAACAUUAUGGUGAUUCUUUGAAGAAUGUGUAGAUUAUUACUCCACUUAUUAGUAUUAUUUUAUUAUGCAAUGACUAAUGAGGAUUGUUUAAAUUCAUGUUCUGUUGAAUGUAUCUUUUUCUCCAAAAGAAUUAAAUGGAUUCUACAGCUUGUAUAAACCGAACUCAGAAACACAUUUCUGCAUCUUUUGUAAUAAUAACUCUUUACAUAUAAUUUGAAUAGCA